AUGUUCGAUUGGGUUCUUGAGAAAGAUUUCUCAGAAAAUGAUCGCCCUCAAGGAUCUGAUGCAAGCAGUUUCAAUACUAGUGUAGCAGAUCAGCAAGCUGUCCUGGAGACUGUAGCUAAAAUCACUCAUGAGAAGACGAAGAGAAAUGAUACGGGAGAGGCAAAUGGCACAGGAUCAUUCUUGAUUCAAGUUGUUUUCUCCCUGGAAAAUGGAGAUUCGUAUGAGACAACAACCUUGAUUGACAUAACGGAUAAUGUGUUUGUAAUGUCCAAUAAAAAAUCCAAGUAUCCAGUACUCCAAGUUGAUUUGAGGUUAAUUUCAGAUUUGGUGGUUAUCAUAAUGUCUGCUACCAUUGGUGGUAUUGUAUUUUCAUGUUUGGGGCAACCGCCGUCUUCCGCAACAAUUGUGGGCUAUCUUCUUGCAGGUUCACUUAAUGGACCAGGGGGUCUGAAAUUCAUUAGUGAAAUGGUACAGGUUGAAACUGUUGCACAGUUUGGUGUUAUCUUUCUUCUUUUUGCUCUUGGGUUGGAGUUUUCUUUGGCAAAGUUAAAAGUUGUGGGGCCAGUUGCUGUAUUUGGAGGACUACUUCAAAUUAUGACAUUCAAGCUCUUGUGUGGCAUAUUUUCAGUAAUAUGUGGAGCAGAUUUGUCUGAGGGUGUAUUUGUUGGCUCCUUCCUCUCGAUGUCAUCAACUGCAGUUGUUGUGAAGUUUUUAGUAGAACAGUAUAGCACUAAUGCUCUUCAUGGUCAAGUUACCAUUGGGACUCUUAUUUUUCAGGAUUGUGCCGUUGGCUUGUUAUUUGCAUUGUUCUCGGUUUUGGGUGGUAGCAGUGGCCUACUACAUGGAAUGAUUUCGGUGGGAAAGCUGAUGCUUGUAUUAUCUUUAUUUCUUACCAUUGCAUCGGUAUUGUCUUGGUCGUUUGUUCCUCGCUUCCUAAAGCUAAUGAUGCAGAUAUCAUCUCAAACAAAUGAACUUUAUCAGCUUGCUGCUGUGGCUUUCUGCUUAUUGUCUGCUUGGUGCAGUGAUAAUCUGGGUCUCAGCCUUGAGUUGAGUUCAUUUGUAGCUGGAGUAAUGAUAUCUACUACUGAUUUUGCGCAGCAUACUUUAAACCAGGUGGAACCAAUUCACAAUCUAUUUGCAGCUCUCUUCAUUUCUGGUAUCGGGAUGCUCGUACACGUACAUUUCCUGUGGAACCAUGUGGAUGUAUUACUGGUUGCUGUUACUCUAGUUAUUGUUGUCAAGACAGCUGUUGCUACUGUGGUCGCCAAGUGUUUCGAAUAUGAUGUCAGGACAUCUUUCCAUAUCGGAGUGUUGCUUGCUCAAGUUGGAGAAUUUGCUUUUGUUCUUCUAAGUCGUGCCUCAAAUCUUCACCUUGUUGAGGUACCUAAUCUCAUUCUCGCUCCAUAA